AUGACCACCCCAAGCAAUCGAGAUCAACCUAUUGUGACCAACAACUCACAUCCAGAUGAAUACAAGAUUGCUGCCCUUGUCUUCUACAGCUGUAUCUUCAUCAUUGGAUUAUUCGUUAAUGUCACCGCAUUAUGGGUUUUCAGUUGUACCACCAAGAAGAGAAAUACCGUAACAAUCUACAUGAUGAAUGUGGCAUUGCUGGACUUAGUAUUUAUACUGAGCUUACCCUUUCGAAUGUUUUAUUAUGCAAAAGGUGAAUGGCCAUUUGGAGAGCACUUCUGCCAGAUUCUUGGUGCUCUCACCAUAUUUUACCCAAGUAUUGCUCUGUGGCUUCUUGCUUUUAUUAGUGCUGACAGAUACAUGGCCAUUGUACAGCCAAAAUAUUCCAAAGAGCUGAAAAACACAAGAAAGGCUGUGCUCGCGUGUGUGGGAGUCUGGGUAAUGACUCUGAUGAUCACUGUCCCCCUGCUAUUUUUACAUAAAGACCCAGACAAGGCCUCCAUCCCUGCCACGUGCCUGGAGAUUUCUGACAUUAUCCACUUAAAAUCCAUCAAAGUAUUGAACUUCACUCGACUGAUCUUUUUUUUCCUGCUUCCUCUGUUCAUCAUGAUUGGGUGCUACUCGGUCAUAAUUCACAGUCUCUUUCAUGGAAGGACAUCUAAACUGAAACCGAAAGUCAAGGAGAAAUCGAUCCGAAUCAUCCUCACCCUUUUGGUGCAGGUAUUGGUGUGCUUUGCGCCUUUCCACAUCUGUUUUGCUUUCUUAAUGCUGGCAGGAGAGGAGAGUGGCUACAGUCCUUGGGGAGCCUUCACUACCUUUCUCAUGAACCUCAGCACCUGCCUCGAUGUGAUUCUCUAUUACAUUGUUUCAAAACAAUUUCAAGCCAGAGUCAUUAGCGUCAUGCUGUAUCGCAAUUACAUACGGAGUGUGCGUAGAAAGAGUUUUCGAUCAGGUAGCUUACGGUCACUAAACAACAUAAACAGUGAAAUGCUCUGA